AUCUGUCAGUGUCAGUAUAGUGGUCUGUGUCAAGCUGGGUGCGCGGGCGCCGUAAAAAAUACGAAUUUCCGCGAAUACGGAAUAAGUUAUUCUUUUUUAAAACUUAGUAAUGCGAAUAUAUCAAAAAUUUACUGGCGAGAAAUAUAAAGCUGAACGAGUGUUAAAAUAAAGUAUUCAAAAUGGGUGUUUCGCGAACGACAGUAAACGUUUUUAUAGGAUGUUGUUCCAGCGCUUUUCUUAUGGAAAUUCUUAUGGCAAAGAGGCCAAGCAGCGCUAAUUUAGUUACCUUUUUACAAUUCUUCUUUAUUAGUUUAUAUGGGUUCGUAGUUACUGCAAAGUUUGGAACGGUAGGUCCAAAGAUACCUCUAAAGCAGUAUGUGAUGCUAGUCAGCCUCUUCUUCAUAACUACUGUGGCUAAUAACUAUGUUUACGCCUUGCAUGUGCCCUCCACAUUGCAUAUGAUAAUACGGUCAGCAUCCUCACCAGCUAGCAUGCUAGUGUACUGCUGUGUGAAGAAACAAAUGCCAAAGCUAAACAAUGCAAUAGGCUCAAUACUUAUAAGUGCCGGAGUAGCACUGGCUAUGUACGGAGGAGCCCCAACGGAUGAGGAAAAUAAAGGGACAUUCCUAUAUUGGUGCAUAGGAGUAACUAUCUUACUGGCAACACUAAUAACCGGUGCCUUUACUGGACUUCAACAGGAGAGGUUGUAUUCAAAAUACGGGAAACACCCUAAUGAGAUGCUGUUUUACACACACGCCAUUCCAAUGCCAUUAUUCUUCGGAAUCUCCUCCCAAUUGAUGAACGAGUCAACAGAUCUUCCCUUAGAUGGAUGGCUUUUAAUUGGGUUGAACAUUCUUUCUCAAUUCUAUUGCACACAUUCAGUCCAUGACUUGGCAACCAAAGAGACUUCGGUCACAGUGACCUUCAUACUAACACUGAGGAAGUUUGCAUCUCUAUUGAUCUCCACCAUAGUUUUUAAAAAUAAUUUAAAUAUUUUUCACGUAAUAGGAACUCUUUUGGUUGCUGUCGGUACAUGCGUGUAUUUUGACUUUUUCUCUGCUAAACGGCAACAACCAGUCACCAUGAAAAGUAAACUAAAGUAGGUAGGUACCAUGACAUUCCUUUAGGUAAAUAAUGUCUCGUAGUGAUAUAUUUAUGUAUUAAAAUUGUGAAAUUCGGCCUUCCAGAUCUUUGAGAUUUAAAAUAUUAUAUUUUGUGUUAUUCUUAGCUAUAUUUUAACUUAUACACUGUUUGCAUUUAUGAUAAAUUAUAUUUUUACACUUCUUAAGUACACUUUAUGUAUUUUAUAAGUAGGACAUAUUGAAUAAAAAAUAUUUCACUUUUAAA